UCGUUUUGUUGAUCCUCCAUUAGGGACAAGCAACGACACUGGCACUAGAUUCUGUCAUCAUGUCCAAAGUGAUACAAAAGAAGCACCACUGGAUCCAUAAAGUGAACGAGUGCGCUGUAAUCAGGGACGCAUGUGGGGAGCUGAACGUUGAACUCCGUGGUGGGGCAGAAAAUGGAGAGUUCCCGUAUAUUGGUGAAGUUAGGGAGGAUGCUGUGCUGUACCAGGACGGUAAACUGUGCGAGGGGGAGCUUCUGCUGGAGGUGGAGGGGCUGUCCGUGGCCGGGUUACCCCUCUACGACAUCUACACUGUGAUGAAGUGCUGCAAGGAUCCCAUCAGGUUGAAAACUGUGCGUCAAGGUAACAAGCUGAAUAAGGAUUUAAAGCACUACUUGAACCUGAGGUUUCAGAAGUCUUCCCCGGAUCAUGAGUUACAGAAAAUCAUCCGAGCCAAUCUUUAUCGCCACGCUGUGCCUUGUACAACCCGGCCUCCUCGAGACGGUGAGGUCCCAGGGGUGGACUACAACUUCCUGUCUGUGGAGGACUUCCUGGAGCUUGAGGAGAACGGCACGCUUUUGGAAAUAGGAACGUAUGAAGGUAACUAUUAUGGGACCCCCAAGCCUCCGCGGCAGCCCAUCAUCGGGACAGUGAUCCUUGGUGCUCCUGACUCGCGACAGUCCACCCCGAAGCGCACCAAGUCCUACAAUGACAUGCAAAACGCUCGAGUAGUGCCUGCUGACGACGAUGAUGACGACCAGGCCACGGAAAUGAACAACAGUUUCACAGGUAACCCUAACGACCCGGACGAGAGCCGUGGUGGUAUCCUCCGGCCCUACGCAGCACAUGCUCCCAUCGGUCUGAACAAUGCAGCCAUUUCUACGGCGGACAGCGGGCAGCAGACGCUGGCUGAGCCACAGGUCUCCCCUGAUGACCCUCUGGGGCCACUGCCCGAGAACUGGGAGAUGGCCUACACUGAGAAUGGAGAGCUGUACUUCAUAGACCACAACACAAAGACCACGUCAUGGCUGGAUCCCCGGUGCAGAGACAAAGGCUCUCGACCACUGGAGGAGUGUGAUGACGAUGAAGAAGGGAUACAUACAGAGGACCUGGAGAGUGAUUUAGAAUUGCCACCAGGAUGGGAGAGGAUAGACGAUCCCGUGUAUGGUGUAUAUUAUGUAGACCAUAUCAACAGGAAGACACAGUAUGAGAACCCGGUGGUGGAGGCGCGGCGCCGCAAAAUCCUGGAGCAGCAGCAGCCGCAGCCUCCAGAAGAGUGGAUAGAGGAGCACUCCUCAGCUGCUGCUCCUCUGGCCAACUAUGCUCCUAAUCACCUGGAGACUUACAGGGACCCACAAGUCCUGCCCACUCUACCUCCGGGCCCCACUGGAGCCAAACGAGGAAAGCCUUUCUUCACCAGAAACCCAGCUGAGCUCAAAGGAACCUUCAUCAACACAAAGUUAAAGAAGAGCAGACGUGGCUUUGGUUUUACUGUGGUUGGAGGCGAUGAGCCCGAUGAGUUCCUCCAGAUUAAGAGCCUGGUGCUGGAUGGACCUGCAGCUGUGGAUGGGAAAAUGGAGACAGGUGACGUCAUAGUGAGUGUGAAUGACACCAUUGUACUCGGAUACACGCAUGCUCAGGUGGUCAAGAUCUUCCAGUCCAUCCCCAUUGGUUCCAUGGUGGACCUAGCCUUAUGUCGUGGCUACCCACUGCCAUUUGACCCCGACGACCCCAACACCAGCCUGGUGACCUCGGUGGCCAUCUUGGACAAGGAGCCAAUCAUUGUGAAUGGACAGGAGACUUUUGAGCCACCAAACCAGGUGGGACCAGUGAACGGGAUGAGAGAGCCAAGACCACACAGCCCCUCCGCAGAUGUGGCGUCCAAUGGUUCCCACGGCUACUCCAGUGAUGUGGUUACUCUAGCAUCGUCUAUAGCCACGCAGCCUGAGCUCAUAACUAUCCACAUGGAGAAAGGAGACAAGGGUUUUGGCUUUACCAUCGCGGACAGUCUAACAGGUGGUGGUCAAAGGGUGAAGCAGAUUGUAGACUACCCUCGCUGCAGAGGUCUGAAAGAAGGAGACAUUUUGAUGGAGGUCAACAAGAGGAACGUCCAGAACAUGAGCCACAACCAAGUGGUGGACCUGCUGAGCAAAUGCCCCAGAGGAAGUGAAGUGACCAUGCUGGUGCAAAGAGGAGUGGUGCCAGCCAAGAGGAGUCCGAAGCUGGUGCACCAGUUAGAGAGGAAGGACAGCCAGAACAGCUCCCAGCACAGUGUCUGCAGCCAUCGCAGCGCCCACACAGAUUCACCCAGCCACCCGCUGCCCUCUGCCAUGCCCGGGGAGGUGGUGGCCCAGCCCCCAGCCGCACCCACACAGCCUCUGCCCGGUCUGCCCCCCCUCCAGGACCCCAGCACCGAUGGGACCCUCACGCUGCAGAAGAAACCAGAUCCUUUCAAGAUCUGGGCCCAGUCCAGGAGCAUGUACGAGAGCAGAUUGCCCGAUUGCCAGGAGCAGGACAUUUUCCUCUGGCGCAAAGACACUGGAUUUGGUUUCCGUAUUCUGGGUGGGAAUGAGCCUGGUGAACCGAUCUACAUUGGCCACAUAGUGAAGUAUGGUGCAGCAGAUGAAGAUGGGCGGCUCAGAUCUGGGGAUGAGCUGAUCUGUGUGGACGGGACUGCGGUGGUGGGGAAGUCUCAUCAGCUCGUGGUGCAGCUGAUGCAGCAGGCCGCAAAACAGGGCCACGUCAACCUCACCGUGAGGCGCAAGACAGCUGGAUACGGAGUAUCCAAAGGUGAAGGAGAUGUCCCGCCCUCUCCGGCCUCUUCCCACCACAGCAGCACCCAGGCGCCAAGUCUGACUGAGGGCAAGCGCACUCCACAGGGCAGCCAGAACUCCCUGAACACAGUGAGCUCAGGCAGCGGCUCCACCAGCGGCAUCGGCAGCGGGGGCGGAGGAGGCAGUGGGAGCGCCGUGGUCCCAGCCAGCCUCCAGCCGUAUGAUGUAGAGAUCCAGAGAGGGGAGAACGAAGGCUUUGGGUUCGUCAUUGUGUCCUCUGUCUCCAGACCGGACGCAGGCACCACAUUCACUGGAAAUGCCUGCGUUGCCAUGCCCCACAAAAUAGGGCGUAUCAUCGAGGGCAGCCCGGCGGACCGCUGUGGGAAGCUGAAGGUGGGAGAUCGGAUUUUGGCGGUGAAUGGCUGCUCCAUCACCAACAAGUCACACUCGGACAUCGUCAACCUGAUCAAGGAGGCGGGAAACACGGUGUCUCUCAGGAUCAUCCCCGGUGAUGAAUCUUCCAAUGCUUCUCUGCUGACAAAUGCAGAGAAGAUCGCUACCAUCACCACAACGCACACACCUCAGUCCGAGUCCCGGAAUAACUCAAAGUCUAAAGGGGCCCCACCUCCUCCACCAACACAGAAUCAGGAUGCUGAGUUCUACUCUGUGGACCUGGAGAGAGACAGUAAAGGCUUUGGGUUCAGUCUGAGAGGAGGACGAGAGUACAAUAUGGACCUGUAUGUCCUCAGACUGGCAGAAGAUGGCGCUGCAGUCAGGAACGGGAAAAUGAGGGUGGGAGACGAGAUCCUGGAGAUAAACGGAGAGAGCACAAAGAACAUGAAGCAUUCUCGGGCGAUCGAGCUGAUCAAGAACGGAGGUCGAAGGGCGCGGCUCGUCCUAAAGCGCGGCGAUGGAUCUGUACCUGAAUAUGACGGCAGCAGUGACGGGUACCCUGCCACACCCGGGGCACAAAACUCUCCGGAAGUGAGGACGCUGCCCAACAGUCGAUACCACACCUCAUCGGAGUCCAGUUAUCCACUCGAUCUUCACAAACCAUCACGGCAGGACGAGGCUGUGCGUGGCCGGACCAAGACCCGGGACAGGGACAGGGCUGGGACCGACCAGAUACCGGACUACCAAGGCCAGCAAUUUAACCCCCACCUUCAUCACACCUGGAACAACAACCACAGUCAAAGCACCCCCAGAAACCAGUCUCCCGCGGACAGUAACGGCAGCAGCAGUGGCAACAAGAAGGGCAAAGGACGCAAGGUGAAGAAGUCCGAGUCGGAGAGCGGCAUCUCGAAGCUCCUAAAGACUUUGCGGAAGGACAGUUCGGGGAAGAAAGCGGAGAAACAACGAGGGAGAGAGGCGAAUACCAGCAGCUCCACUCUGGACGGCAGGUUUAGACUUCAGCGGCGCGGUUCACUCGAUCGAUCGCCCACACGAAAACGCGGCGCAUCUCCAGACCGCCGACGCGCCAAGUCCAUGGACCGGCGAGCAGAACGGGCGCAGAGAGACCGAACACCAGAGAGGGAAUAUGAUGAUGGUGGCUUCCUCGCCGUAACACCUGAGCGGAAACUGAGCGAGAGGCGUGUUAUGAAGGACUCUGCAACACCGGGUAGAAUGAGUGUGAGAUCAAACAACAACUCUGAUACUCUGUCGUACACUAGGGGGCGCACUCUUGACCGCCCCACCAAGAACGGCAACCUGCUGAGAGACUCCUCCUCCGAGAGAUACAGAACGAACGGGACACCAGAGCGGAGGUACCGUGACUCUUCCCCUGACAGCACCUACAGCCGCGAGGAGCUGAACUACGGAGCAGCAGCGCCCCCUAGGCUCAAGGACUAUUACAGCAUGAUGAAGAACAACGCGGCUCAGUACAACUUACCUGCCUACAACAACGCGGGCCACAAUAAUAACGCAGCGGGACGUGGAUCCAACCAGCUCCCCGAACCCAAGCGCCGCUCGUACAAGGAGAGCCCCAAAGACCUGAGUAUCUAGCGCCUCCUGUCUUUCUGUACAAUACACUGGAAACGGACUUCACAGGAUCUUAUAAGUCUUGUGCUAUUCGGUUGACUGAUUUAUUAAUAAUUGAUUGAUUUUUGGUUUAAUCGUGAUCUCCCCCAUUACAGAGAUUCAUAAAACAGCAAAAGUACAAUCCUAUCUGUCCACACUGGUUGUUUUUCGUCAUUGUUCUAGUUAUUUUUUAUCAGAGUUGUUGUACUAUAGUAACGUUAUUGUUAUGUGCCUGCAUAUGAAAUCAGUGAUAUUGCUUUUUGUAGGCAUUUGCUGAAUCUAUGAAUAGUUGUUCCCUCCGAGGCCUAAAAAUGCUUCCAGUUGUGGUCAUUUUUAUAAUUAUGAAGUUUGUUUUCCCCAUUUCAGACUUGCUUUACUGAACAAAACUAUAGCACAAGACACUGUUGGUUCACAAAGACUGUGAAAUUUACGUGCAAGUAUCAUGGUUAUGAAAGAAAUACUAUAUGACCAUUUGGGGAUUUUGUCACUAUUUAUUGUUCAUUGGCACAUAUAUUUUGAGCUCAUUAAAAGUUUCAGGAAGGUAGGAACACACACUGUACCUGGGGAAGAAUGCUGGACUCUUUGAAAUGGCAGCUCACUGUAUGCCUCUACACAACUGCUGCUCAAGUUUGAAAAAUAAUGUGUAAAAAUAUUGGCUAAAUUUAAUCUUUCCCUCUUUUCAAAACUGAAUAUCGCUUUUAUCAUAGCCAAAAAGAUGUACUUUCAACUUCAAGGCUAAAGAAAAACUUUCAGAGAGAUAAACACUAUUGGUCCUAAUUAGUCGCUCACCAAGUAUACUGAGAUAUUUGAGCCAAGACUGCAUUGUGCCAGAGAACCAGCUCCAACGCUGCCAUAAAGAUAUAAUAUACCUUGUAUGCCAAAAAGAAGUGUAAAUUCCCCUGCACAAAUGUACACUGUCUCUCAUCAAACAUAAUAUUAUGACCACCACAGAAUAAAUAUGUUAACAUUUGGGCAGGUUUGACACUGAUGAUGGAAAUUAUGAUACAAAUAUCUCAAAGCAACUCAAAAUUGCAUCUCUUGUUGAGUUCACAGUCUAAAAUUGAAUCUAAAAUGUGGUAACCAUAGACUGUAUUCAGAAGUGGACUAACAGAGUAUGAGUGUGUUCGGCUCCAGUCAAAUGAAGCUCAAGGGGCUUGCAGUUAUAGGAGUUGAAUGUGGAGGGACAGGAUUUACUCAAAAAUUAGACAAAAUAGCUAAAUAAAAAUACCAGGAUCAUGUAGAAGGGGUUAAUAUGAACAUUUUAAGACUAAAAUGACGCAUCUCACUGCAGCAGUUACAGAGAGAGGGGUGACAAUUUUUUAAUGUAGUCAAUUGGAGCUGAGUCAUUGGAGCCAGAAGCACCCCAUUCUCACUUCCUAUUUGGAACGUGGUGGGUAGCAGGUCAUGUCCAUUUAUAUACAGUCUAUGGUGGUAACAUGAGAUUUUUGUCGGAUGACGGCAUGACUAAAUACACAAACACACAAAAUUGCUUAUAAGGAAUGUGGUCGUAAUGUUAUGCUUUACUGAUGCGCGUUGUACCCCAAAAAUGAUUUGACUACUCUGUUCCCUUGUGUUUGACUGGUGCACUGACUCGGGGGUCUCGGGCUGCUGUGGUUUUGGUAACAUGGGACAGUCCUCUACAAGAGUUUGACCAAUCUGCGCGCUGAGCCAUGCCGUCACUCCACUCCCAGUCUGACUGCUGCUUGUACAACAUGUUUUUAUGUGUAUUUCUCUUUGUUUUAUGUCUCAUCCAAAAUAUAUUGAGUAAAAUCACAUAUGCAUUGUUUGAUCACUGUCGUCACCAUGGUACUGUAUUGAAAAAAAUGUGGAAAAAAAAGUUUGUUGGCCAUCACCUGUAAAGAAUUUUUCCAAUGUUAUUAUUAUUAGGAAGGAAUUUUAAAAAUGUUGCCUUUUCUUGUACAAAAGAGAAAUUUAUGGAGAGAGCCUCAGCAGUGGGGAAUGUGCUAUUGUGUUGGACCUGAUAAUGAUUUAUUGGAAAUAUAUUAAUUUUACUCUUGGAUCAGGUAUGUAAAGAUUAUUGAGAGACUGUAUUGGUUGAAUCUGCUCAGUUUGUUUGGUCUGAAAUCUCGAUGGUUAUAGCCUGCCUUUGUAUUAUAAAGCACUUGUAUGCAGUCUGUGUUUCUUCAAAAAGCAUUAUUUCUUGCAACGUGCUCUGGACAUAAUUCUGUCUGUGUGUUGAUAAAAAGCAGUACAUGUAUAUUAUUAUUAUGGGCCAAUCUUUUUAUAAAACUAUGCAUAUAUAAAUAUCACAUUGUUCAUAGCUUUAUUUGACCCAUGAAGCUAAAAACAUAACAUUAGUCGAAGUACAAGUAGAUGUGGACUUAUCCAGCUUCUUUCCUCCAGAUGGAUUACAAUGUAUAUGUAGCUAUCAAAAGAAGUCUGUGAAUGCUAUUUUUAUUAUCAAAUAA